CCAGCUGUAGGCGGCUUUUUACAGGCGGAGUCCGUUCACAAAAACUAUGCCCAACUAGAAGAUGGAUUCGAAGUUCUUUAAACUGCUCCUGCUGGGCGGCGCCGUGCGCUUCUACUUCUGUCGCACGCCGCUGGCUCCGAUGAUUGGCAACCGAGUGGAGUUCGCGACACCUUUGAAUUCACACAAGCGCAUGCAAGAGGGGAUAUUCCUUCUACAGAGUGGCAUUGAUCCCUAUCUGGGCGACCUGGUACACGAAUCGCCGCUAAUACUCAGCGCGCUAUCCGGAUUGUUUCAAAAAUACCCGCAUUUCUUGCCCAUAUUCUACAUAAUCCUGGAUAUCUGCACGGCCGCUCUGCUUUAUGCGAUGAGUUUGAGAUUCGUGAAGCAAAAGCAGGACCUGCAGGACGUAGAGCGAAAGGAGUAUGCCAAGGAUACGGAAGAGCUGCAGUUUGGCCCGCUGGACAAGCUUGACAUUCCGGAACUUGUGAUCGUGGCAUAUCUUUUCAAUCCACUGACUGUUAUGAGCUGCAUUGGCAUGACCUCUACCGUGAUAAGCAAUCUGUUCCUGGCGUUCUUUUUCUACUGCCUCGUGAAGGGAAUGCUCAUUCCAUGCCUUCUAGUCCUCGCGUUCGAGACCGUCCGCAGCUUCUAUCCCAUUGUACUGAUAGCACCACUUCUCUUGGUCUUUUCACGGAACUCGGUCAGAAGGGGUGUGGCUAUAGCAGUGCUCUUUAUCGUUGGUUGUCUAAUCGUGGCAGUUGCGAACUAUUUUGUGCUGAACAGCUGGAACUUCCUGGAUGGAACGUUGGGUUUCAUAUUUUAUUUCCGUGAUCUACAACCAAAUAUCGGUCUGUUCUGGUACUUUUUUACUGAAAUGUUUGAGCACUUCCGCACCAUGUUCCUAAUUACAUUCCAAUUGAAUGCCACCGUAUUAUACCUGGUGCCACUAAGUAUUAAGCUGCGCAAGGAGCCCCUACUGCUAGCCACGGUAUUGGUGGCCCUAAUGGCCGUUUUUAGGGCGUAUCCCAGCCUGGGCGAUGUCGGCUUUUAUCUGGCCUUGCUUCCGCUGUGGAAAAGAUGUUGGAAAUUCAUGGCCCAUGGCUUUGUGGUCUUCACGUUCUUCCUGGUCACUUUAUCUAUGAUGGGAGCCCUUUGGCACUUGUGGAUCUAUGCAGGCUCGGCAAAUGCCAAUUUCUAUUUCGGUGCCACUCUUGCGUUUUCCACCGGCCAGAUAUUUCUUAUCACCGAUCUGCUGUUCGCGCACGUUAAACGUGAGUUCUGCCUGUUCAAUGGUCAGAAGAUUCUGAUCGAUGGCGAGGAAGCGAGGAUAGUCUUAAAGUAAGCAUAAACAGUAUCAGUAUGACGGACAGAAUCCAGGAACUUUGUACAGAUGCAGAAUGCGCUUCCUAAUGGCAGCCGAGCAUACUCUUAAGAUAAGUUAACUCCGAACAAUAUCAGAUUAAACAAAAUAUUUUAUUUGA